AGUCCUGCAGUCCUACUUUCCUUUUCCAAUUCCUGUGAGCAGACCGAGAACUUCAAAGAGUCAGAUUGUUUUCCAGCAAGUACGAUGGCUUCUUCUUCUCUAGUAUUGUAUGAUGUUUUUCUUAGUUUCAGAGGUGAGGAUACUCGUGACGGUUUUACGAGCCACCUGAAUUCAGCUUUGUGUAGGAGAAAGAUUGAAACUUUCAUCGAUGAUGAACUUAAAAGAGGAGAUGGGAUUUCACCUUCUCUUUUCAGGGCAAUUGAAGGUUCAAAAAUUUCAGUUGUCGUUUUAUCUAAACGGUAUGCUUCUUCUAGAUGGUGCCUCGAAGAACUUGUAAAGAUCCUCGAUUGCAAGAAAAUGAACGGUCAGAUUGUUAUACCAGUUUUCUAUCGUGUAGAUCCAUCAGAUGUAAGGAAGCAAGGGGGGAAUUUCGGAGAUGCAUUUGCUGAUCAUGAAGUACGAUAUAAGGACAGACCAGAGAUGUUGCAGAGAUGGAGAAAUGCAUUGACGGAAGUCGCCAGUCUGUCUGGCUUCGAUUCAAAUGCCAUCAGGCCUGAAUCGAAACUCAUAGAGAAAAUUAUUCAAGAUAUUUUGAAGAGAUUAAAUGAUAUGUCUUCUACUGAAAGAAAGGGCUUGGUUGGAGUGGAGCAGAGCACCCGUAAGAUUAUAUCUUUAUUGUCUAAUGGCUUGAAUGAAGUGUGCACGGUAGGACUUUGGGGUAUGGGUGGUAUAGGCAAGACAACUAUUGCCACUGCUGUAUUCAAUGAAAUCUCAAGGGAGUUUGAAGGCUCUUGUUUUAUUCAUAAUGUUAGGGAAGAAUCAAAGAAGGGUGGGUUAUGUCGCUUGCAAAAAGAACUUCUUUCUACAAUACUAGAGGAUGAAAGCCUCAAUCUAGGACUCACUUUCUCAAAUGAAAGGCUUAGACGUAAGAAGGUUCUUAUUGUUUUUGAUGAUGUCACAAAUUUGAAACAAAUAAAAGAGUUAAUUGUAGAUCUUGAUUAUUUAGGUUUUGGAAGUCGAAUCAUUAUAACAACAAGGGAUAAACAAGUGCUUAGAAAUUGUGGAUUGACUGAUGCCACCAUAUAUGAAGUCAAAGGAUUGCAUAGUGAUGAAUCUUUUCAACUUUUUAAACAGUAUGCCUUUAGAAUAGACCAUCCCAUUGGUGAAGAUUUCAAGGAGCUAUCAAAUAGAGUGAUAAGUUAUACAAAAGGUUUGCCAUUAGCUUUGAUAGUUUUAGGUUCCUUUCUACUUGAUAGAGAAAAACAUGAAUGGGAAAGUGCACUAGAUAAAUUAAGAAAAUGUCCACAUAAUGAUAUCCAGUCAGUGCUAAAGAUAAGUUAUGAUGGAUUAGAUGAUGAAGAGAAAGAUUUAUUUCUAGAUAUUGCAUGUUUUUUUAAAGGAUGGGACGAAAAUCUUGUGAAAGAAAUUUUUGAUGCCAAUAGUAUCUCUUCACAAAUUGGAAUAAGGGUUCUCAUUGAUAAGGCUCUCAUAAUUAUUUCAAACAACAUCAUAAGAAUGCAUGAUUUGCUUCAAGAAAUGGGUAGAGAAAUUGUUCGACAAGAAUCUGUCAAAAGACCUGGUGAACGUAGUCGAUUGUGGCAUCAUAAUGAUGUCUAUUAUGUUCUAGAAAGAAACAAGGGAACUGAUAUGAUACGGGGCCUAAGGUUUAAUAUGUCUUAUAUAAGAGAGAUCCACUUAAAUCCUCAUGCUUUCUCAGAUAUGGAUAAUUUAAGGUUCCUGAUAGCAGAGGGGUCGGACAAUAAUAAAGUGCAUGGUUUUGAAGGCCUAGAAUUUGAUUUUGCAGAGCUAAGAUGCAUCUAUUGGGAUGGUUACUUUUGCACAUCAUUGCCAUUGAAGUUCUAUCCUGAGAAUCUUGUCAUACUUAACAUGCGAAACAACAAUCUUGAACAACUAUGGUCUGGUAUCAAGAAUCUUGGAAAUUUAAAUUACAUUGACCUGAGUUACUCUGAGCAUCUACUUAAAAUCCCAGACCUCUCACAGGCUCCAAACCUAAAGAGCGUGAUUCUAGAAGGCUGUACAAAUUUGUUUGAGAUCACUCCAACUGUUCAGAAUCUCAAUAAACUUGUUAAGUUGAAUUUGAGAAAUUGUAGAAGCCUUAUCAGUCUACCAAUUGGCAUUCAAUCAGAUUCUCUUAGAGAUGUUAUUCUCUCUGGUUGCUCAAAUCUCAAUACUGCUCCAAGGAUCUCAUGUAACAUGGAGCGAUUGUGUCUGGAUGGAACAGCAAUAACAGAAUUAUCUUCUUCCAUUGAAUGUGAUUCCAUCCUAGUUGAAUUGAAUCUUAGAGGAUGUUCAAGCCUUGAGAGUCUCCCAAACAACAUUUGUAAAUUAAAGUUUCUUAAGUAUCUUUAUAUAUCUGGAUGCUUGAAACUUGAUAGAUUGCCCGAAGACAUAGGGAAUUUAGAAAGUUUGGAAGUGCUAGAAGCUAAUGGAACUGCUAUAAGGGAGUUACCGUCAUCCAUGGUAUAUUUGAAAAACAUUCGUGUUUUAACUUUUGAGGGUUGCAAGGGUCUAGGUUUUUCGGGCUUGCUAUCUUCUAGUUUAUCAGGUCUCCAAUUUUUAUCGAGUUUAAAUUUGAAUGACUGCAAUAUCACUGAGUUACCUGAUAACCUUGGCCACUUGUCCUCACUAAGAGAUUUAAAAUUAGCUGGAAACAAUUUUAGUGGUGUACCAACAAGCAUCAUGAACCUUUUUAACUUGUGGCACCUUGACAUAAAGUUUUGUAGUAGGCUUCAAGCAUUACCAAAGCUCCCAUGUAAUAUGGAAAAUCUAACGGCACAGGGUUGCAAAUUGCUGAAAGCAUUAUCAGGUUUGUCAAUGCAAAGUCAGAAAUAUAACUGUUGGAUGCUUAGCUUCAUAAAUUGCUUCAAUCUGGAUUGGAAUGCAAUCAGAAACAUUUUGAAUGAUAUUCUAUUUAAAAUGUAUGAAGAUAGAAGUUUACAUUCAAAAUUUACAAAGACAUCAUCUAACUUUAUUAUCCAUCCAGAAGGUUAUAUUUGUUUCCCUGGAAGUGAAAUUCCGGGCUUGUUUGAUAUUCAAAGCAGUGGAUCUCACAUAGUGCUACCACAAGGUUUGUUGAAUCAUAAGUUUUUGGGGUUUGUGUUUUGCGCCAUUGUAGGAAUCAAAGGUCACACCAGGUACCUUAGUAAUUAUUUUCAGUAUCACUUGUAUUUGAAAUGCCGAGGUGUUGAUAGGACAGUUUGUAAGAAAAACAGUUCGGUUAUUGGACUCAGCUCUAUUAAGUCAGAUCACGUAUUCAUGGGGUAUAGCUGCAAUCUUUUUGGUGAAUUCAAUGGCAAUAUGGAGGCCUUCUUUGAUUUCACAUGUUCUUUGUCUGUAAAGAAGUGUGGGAUCCGUUUAUUUAAGGAUGAACCCCGCUCAAGGGAGAAUUUUGAGUUGGGGAAAAGUACGGUGAUGAGUAAAGUGUUAGAGCAAGUUGUGAUCAAUAACAGUGUAAAUAGUCGUAAUAAUAAUGGAGGCGGUGUUCACACUGGUGGUGUUGCUGGAGGGAGUAUUCUGCAACAAAAUCAUGCUGGUGGUGAUGGUGUUUACAGAAGAGGGAAUACGGGAACAAGAAAGAGAGUAUCAGCUAGUCUAAUUAGAAAUAGAAGACCUGCCGCAGUGGGUGGAACAGGCAUGAUGGGGAAAGGUGGAAAUGGAGUUGGGCAAGGCAUUGGUGAGGUCCUUCCUCUGAUAUAUCCCCAGCCAUUCACAUUUUAUCAGAGGUUGGUUGCACCUACGGGGUGGAUGGGCAGUUAUGGAGGCUUUCUUGGUGCUUCAUCGCCUCCAUUUUCAGGGUUUUUAUCCAGAUGUACUCUCAUUGUUGAAGAGGAAGCACACUCUAAUAAGAGGUUGAAAUCUUCAAAUUUCUGUAAAGGAGAAUCCAGCUCAAGACCCCCAAUCAUCAAGACUUAUCGAAGAAAGGGCAAGAAGGGAAUUUUCUCUCCAGUGGUUGAGAAAAAGAUAACAAUAGUUGGAGAUAAGCAUCAUAAAGAUAAACAGGGUGAAACACUUCAAGAUAACUCAAAGGAGGCUCAAGAUAAAUAUAACUCAACGGAGGCAGAUAACACACAUCCACAACAGGCUGCUUCGCUAUAAAAGGAGGGCAAUGCAGUGAACAAGGAUCAUAAAGGAAAAUUACAAUCAAUUAGGUUGAGUUUGGGGGCUUAGGCCUAGGGACCUUCGGAUGCUGUAGAUUCCAGCUCCAAGGUAUUGGUUUUCAGUUAUUUUCUAGACAAAGCAGUGUAUUCUGGAUUUCUAUUUUAAUCAAUAAAUUAGCCAAGUCUUUAUUCAUUCAUCUUCAUUCAAUCCAUUGCAAUUACAAAGCAUUCUAAUUCGAUUACAAAUCACAACACAAUUCCAGUCCCACUUGCUGCUCGGGUGAAGCAGAAGUAAGGGCAGUUCUUGAGCAACUCCUGCAGCAACAUCUCUGGAUCAGGUACGCAUCAAAAGUGGUAUUAGAGCAAGGGAAUAAUCAGCGAAUGGUCAGUACUAGAAUGGAAGCGAGGGUUGACCAACUAGAGAAAGAAGUGUCGGCGAGGUUGAAUAGUCUAGGAACGGAAGUGGGAACAAUCCUGGAGGAAUUGAACUGCAUUCAAAUAGAGUUGACUAUCUUUCCGAUGACUCUCUGAGACCGAACAGUAAGACAAAUACUUGAAAGGGUUAUGUUUUCACUGUGACAAGCCAUUCGACCCUAACCAUGGAUGCUGACAAUGAGCUCUGCAAGUAUUGAUUGUCGGUGAUAUAGAGGAAGAUGAAGGAGUGUCGGAAUUUGGCAAAGUGACUUCUGUAGAAGUGGUAACCAAAAUAGCACGGAAACAGAAAUGUUGAAAUAUUGAAACACAUUUUCUCAAAAAAGUAGAAAACAAAAACUUGAGAAAAUAUGUACAUAUAAAAAAUAUAA